AUGCUGGGAAGUGAGGAGUGUGAGCCCCACUCCCAGCCGUGCCAAGUGGCCCUAUCUGAGCAUGGGCGUUUCAGCUGUGGUGCUUCCCUCAUUUCCGCAGUCUGGGUGCGGUCUACAACCCACUGCCAAACCUGCCUCAUGAGAGUGCGCCUGGGCAAGCACAAUCUGGGCAAGCACAAUCUGCGCAAGCACAGUGGUCCCAAGCGGCUGCGCACUGUGGCCCGAGUCAUCCCACACCAGCGCUACGAGCGCAGCCAUCGCCGCGACGUGUUGCUACGUCUGACACGGCCCGCGUGCCUCUCCCUGCACGGUGACUCUGGGGGGCCCCUGGUCUGUGACAGAGUCUUGCAGGGCAUUGUGUCCUGGGGUGAUGUCCCCUGUGACACUACUACCAAGCCUGGUGUCUAUACCAAAGUCUGUAGCUACUUGGAGUGGAUUAAGGAAAGCAUGAAGAGGAUCUGA